AUGUCGUGAGUCCACUACAAGUUCUCCUCCAAGCUGAACUAUGACACAGUCACCUUCAACAGCCUCCACAUCUCCCUGUGUGACCUCAAGUGCCAGAUCAUGGGCUGGGAGAAGCUGAAGGUGGCCAGCUGUGACCUGCAAAUCACCAAUGCCCAGACCAAAGAAGGUGCGUGGGGGCGGUGGGCAUGGGGGCUUGGGGACCGCCUGGCUGUCAGUGUUGCGGAUCACCCCACGAUGGCCACAACCUGUGGGAUCCACACUCUGCUCUUUGUGGCUCAUCCCCACAUAGUGUGA